AUGGACUACAAUCAUAUUCGACAGUCUGGUAAGGCUGAUGCAAGCUCGUCGUCGUCGUCGUCGUCAUACUCGAGCUCUCCCACGACACCUGGGAUCUCUCCCAAGAGUCCUCAUUCUGCUGGAAAGCAAAAGACGCCACAUUCUCGGCGGCCCAGCCUCUUGAGCUCAGCGCUCUCCAAGCAAGAGUGCACAACUAUCAACAUCGCCGACGAUCCCGAGGGCCCUGCGCGACUGAUUUCAUACCUCUCCUCUAGCCAGGGUUUUGCAUGGAACCCCGAAAUCUUCCUCCCCUCAUAUAUCGACUACGAGUAUGUGCCACUCGAGAACCGGCGAGAGCCGGUCCACGAUAUUGUCCUCAGUGACGACGAGAUAAAGAGGAUUCUACCACAAUAG